AUGUCUGUUGAGGACUACCAUAAAGAGAUGGAGAUGGCUAUGAUCAGAGCUAAUAUAGAAGAGGGUCUCAAAGCAACCAUGGCAAGGUUCCUUGGAGGUCUCAAUAGAGAUAUCGCCAACAUCGUGGAAUUACAACGCUAUGUGGAGGAAUUCGAUGACGUAUUUCUGGAAGAGAUACUAGAUAGAUUACCACCUAUACGAGGGAUUGAGCAUCGGAUCAACUUCACCCUUGGAUCAUCGAUAUCCAAUUGCCCCGCCUACCAAAGCAAUCUUGAGGAGAUAAAGGAUCUUCAAAGACAAGUAGAGGAGUUGUCGGAGAAUGGACAUAUUUGUGAAAGUUUAAGUCCUUGUGCAGUCACACAGAGUAUUGAAGUAAAUGAUGAGAAAGUAAAAGCCAUUAGAAAUUGGCCUACGCCUAAGACUACAAGCGAGCUUGGCGUAGACUUCAUCGAGGCAGUCCCCGCCGCUUCUAAGGAAGAUUUUGAGGCUGUUAGGACGAUUGCGAAGGUCGUCGGUAAUUUCGUUGACGAGAGCGGUUAUGUUCCGGUUAUUUGUGGACUUUCUAGGUGUAAUCAGAAUGACAUUCAAACAGCAUGGGAUGCUGUUAAAUACGCCAAACGCCCCAGAAUUCAUACCUUUAUAGCCACAAGCGAGAUUCAUAUGCAGUAUAAGCUUAAGAAGAGCAAGGAGGAAGUGUUGGAGAUUGCUCGGAGCAUGGUUAGCUUUGCCAGGAGUUUGGGCUGUGAUGAUGUGGAGUUUAGCCCUGAAGAUGCCGGCAGAUCUGACCCAGAGUUUCUAUAUCAAAUUUUGGGCGAGGUCAUUAAGGCUGGGGCAACAACUCUCAACAUACCAGAUACGGUUGGAAUAACGAUGCCUACUGAGUUCGGGAAGUUGAUAGCUGAUAUCAAAGCUAAUAUUCCGGGAAUCGAAAAUGUUAUCAUAUCAACACAUUGCCAAAAUGAUCUUGGGCUUUCAACUGCCAAUACUAUAGCGGGAGCACAAGCCGGGGCAAGACAAGUAGAAGUGACAAUCAAUGGCAUUGGUGAAAGAGCUGGAAAUGCUUCGUUGGAAGAGGUUGUAAUGGCCUUAAGAUGCCGUGGAGAGCAUGUGUUAGGAGGACUUUACACUGGAAUUGAUUGUCGCCAUAUUAUUAUGGCAAGCAAGAUGGUUGAAGAGUAUACUGGCUUGAAUGUGCAGCCCCACAAGGCUAUUGUAGGAGCUAAUGCCUUUGCUCAUGAAAGUGGUAUUCAUCAGGAUGGAAUGUUAAAGCACAAGGGCACAUAUGAAAUUAUAUCUCCUGAAGAUAUUGGGCUUGAAAGAUCCAACGAGGCUGGUAUUGUCCUGGGCAAGCUCAGUGGGCGCCACGCUUUGAAAGAUCGAUUGAAAGAGCUUGGUUAUGAACUUGAUGAUGAGCAACUUAAGAACAUAUUCUGGCGUUUCAAAGCUAUAGCAGAACAGAAAAAAAGAGUAACUGAUGCUGACCUAAUAGCACUGGUAUCAGAUGAAGUUUUUCAACCAGAAGCUGUGUGGAAACUCCUUGAUCUUCAGGUUACUUGUGGAACUCUUGGUCUUUCUACUGCAACAGUAAAACUUAUUGAUGCUGAUGGGAAUGAGCAUGUUGCUUGUUCUGUUGGAACUGGGCCUGUAGAUUCAGCUUAUAAGGCUGUUGAUCUCAUUGUGAAGGAAUCAGUAACGUUGCUCGAGUAUGCUCUCAAUGCAGUGACAGAAAGGAUUGAUGCCAUAGCCAGCACCCGAGUUUUGAUUAGAGGGGAAAACAAACACCAUUCAACUCACCCUUCAACUGGUGAAACAAUUUAUAGGACAUUUAGUGGAACUGGAGCGGGCAUGGAUAUUGUUGUUUCCAGUGUAAGGGCCUAUAUAGGGGCAUUAAACAAGAUGCUGGGCUUCAAGGAACAGUCACCUUCAAAGGCCUCCCUGGGAAAAACUGCAUUGUCUGCUUGAAGAGCUUGACAACUCCGUAUCUGUAUGGUGCACAAGGCAAGCAUGAUUGUACUUCUAUAUGAGGUUGCAUCUACUGGGCAGGGUUGGGACAAAAUCGUGAGAACUCUUGGUCCUCUUUAUCUCAAAGUUUUGUUAAUUAUAUGAGACAGAGUAUAUCGCAAUCCAGUGACACAUCAAGAGAUUUUAGUUUAAGUUUAUGUUUAUUGUGCAUGUGGUUAUUCUGCAGAAUUGUUUGAAACGAUUAAGCUUGAUAUGAAAAAUUUUGAGCCGCUUUAAAAGAUGUCUGGUCAGGUAAUAUUGAACUAAUGUAUUUCUUUUUAGUUUCAUUUUCUUUUUCUGGUAUACAUCUGUUGUAUUCAACAAAAUGCUUGUUUCGUCCUC